UUUAUUGUGCAAUGUGCAUUUGUUCGCCUUUUUUACAUACAGAGAGUACAGGUUUUGAAAAGGGUUUAAGUUCACUUUAUAAUGGAGUAUGUUAAUUUGGCUCCUACAGUAUUUGUGUGCAGAUAAAUGUUAAAAAUGCAGACUAAAAAUCGAGAGAAUCGGCAAUAUCGUAGAAUCGUAAUUUAAAUCGAAUCGCCAUCCAAAAAAAUCGUAGAAGAAUCGAAUCGGGAGAAAAGCAUAUCGUCCCAGCCCUAUGUAACAUUUCUUCAUUUUCCAAUCUACAGCUGGGAUGGAGCCAUUCAAAAGGAGGCUUUCACAUGUCUGAAGCAUUGGGAGUCUUCAAAUGGAUCCAAUAACAAACCUGGGAACAGAAGAUGUCUGCCUUUUUUGUUUAAGCAACAAGGGGAGUCUUAGUAAUGCAUCUGACCAAGGAUUGGCAAAAGCUAGGCAUGCUGCCAGAACCAGGAGAAAUCUAAAUGACUCAAAGAACAGUGUUUUGAUUGAUCGUGUUGAAGAUGUAUUGGACUCCACUGCAGCCCAGAGUGUUGUAUGGCAUAAAAUGUGCUAUUCCCACUUCACUGAUAAAAGCAAAUUAGAACGUUUGCAAAAGACAGUGGGUUCUGAACAUGCAGGUAGCAGCAGACAAACUGCACAAGAACAUGCCUCUGAACUUGCAGGUAACAGCAGACAAACAGCACAAGCACAUGACUCUGAACGUGCAGGUAGCAGCAGACAAACGGCAGAAGCACAGCCUUGCAGUAGCAGGCGUUCACUGCGAAUGCAAAUGGAUCCAGUAGAUUGGAGUUUAUGCCUGUUCUGCCAAACAGAUGUUUUGAAGAAACCAUUGAGAUCAGUAAUGACAACAAAACUGAGUGAUCAAAUUAUUCAAGCUUCUUCUUUAGACCAUAACAUUUAUGUUCGGCUGGCUGGAGUGAUUGAUCUAAUUGCAGCUGAGGCAAAAUAUCACUUACCAUGUUUAAGAGCAUUCAUCAGAUCUACGGACAAGACAAAGCAGGCAAUACAAGAACACUCUGGAAACUCAGACUACCCAGACCUUGCGAUGACAUGGCUAUGCAAAGAGCUGCAAGGGGCAGCAGAUAAAGGACAUGUACUUCUUCUCGAUGAUGUCUGGGAACGGUAUAAGGUGUCCAUCCGAGCGAAAAACCAUACUAAUUCCGACAAAGUACGCAAAUACGGUGGCAAAUACAGCAGUGUUGGAAAUGAUGGAUGAGGAUGAGAGUGAGAAAACAUUGCCUCAGUAUGUGCCUACAGAUGACAGUUUCUUAUCACUUGUACAUGUAGCGCUGAAAAUUCAUCAAGAGUUGAUAGAAACCCCAGGCCAUAAAGGUUUCUCUGUAAGUGAGGAUGACGCUAUUGCAUGUGUCCCAGAUAGUUUAUAUAUGCUACUGAGACUAAUCGUUGGUGGUCAAGAGGCAUUUGAAAAUGACAAUUCUGAAAAGAAUGAAGACCUUCUCCGUAGAAAAGUGCUGAGCAUAGCACAGGACCUGAUCUACUGUGUCAGUCGCGGCAGAAAAUGGACACCUAAACAUAUCGGACUGGCUACUACACUACAUCAGGCUACACGAUCAAAACAGCUGGUAGAGUUAUUCAACAAGGCCGGCCACUGUUUGAACUAUGAGCAGGUGAUGAAGGUAGACAAUGCCUUAGCUGAGAGUACCUUAAAAUCUAUGGACCCAGCAACCGGUGCCAUUAUUCCACCAAACAUGGUAGCAAAUCGAUUCAUCCACUUCACUGCUGACAACAUUGACAUCCUUGAUGAGUCCUUAGAUGGAAAGAACACCUUUCAUGCAACCCAAAUGGCAGCCUGGCAACGGGGAAAAAAAGAUAUAGAACUUGACAUGCUGAAGCCCUCCACUAGCCGUACACUGGUUGUGCCAGAUGUCCUGGAGAACCUGCACCACGUCAAUGUACAUUCUGCCACAAGCAAGCCAGUAUUCACAUCACAUGUUAACAAGACCUGGUUUACCAGACCUAAAGGAGACAGUGAGUGUGUGAAACAAGCACAAGCAACAGACAUGGCUUUCUUCCUGCGACGUCAGGAUUCUGAACCCAAACCUUCUUGGACCGUUUUCAAUCAGUCAGUCUCGUCAAAGGAACCAGAGCAGACAGCAGUAGGAUAUUUGCCAAUAGUCCUUGCUCCAGCUCAUGAGUAUGAUACGCUCAAUACAGUUGUGAAGAGGUGCAUGGCAAUAUCAUCACAUUUUGGCCAGGAGCAUACAGUCAUAACAGUGGACCAAGCUCUUUACUGCAAGCUCAUGGAACUGAAGUGGUGUGUUGAGGAAUAUCAGGGCAAGUUAAUCCCUCGGCUUGGUGGACUUCAUAUUGCAAUGAACUUCCUAAAGACUAUCGGAGAUCACAUGGCUGGGUCUGGUCUAGCUGAAGUGUGGCUGGAGAGUGGAUUGCUGGGGGAGGGUGCUGUCAUGCUUGUCAUGUCAGGGAAAGCAUACAACAAGGGUAUGAGAGCUCACAAACUGACCUUGCAGGCCCUAUGGCAGCUUUUGUUGCCAACAUUCCUCGCGUUUGCUGCAGAAUCAAACAAGGAAUGCCAUGAUGAGAUCUCUGCUAUGGCUGCUGAUGAAAAUCCUGAAAUGAUUCCUCAGUUGAUAACAUAUCUGAAGCAGGAACAGUUUGACAGUCUCCUCAAAGAUUUCAUCGCAAGUAAAUCUGAAGAUGUCAACUUUGUCUUCUGGUGGAACUACAUGGAUAUGGUCUCAACACUGUUGCAGUUUACACGAGCUCAGCGUGAUGGACUCUGGGAGCUUCAUCUUCACUCCUUCAGCUGGAUGUUGCCGUACUUCAUGCGAUAUGACCACCUGAACUAUGCAAGAUGGGGGCCAGUGUAUAUUGCUGAGAUGCACCAACUCCCAGAACCUGUACUAUCUGAGUUCCAAGAGGCAACUUUGUUGUGA